CCCUUUACAGGAAAUGGACGGAAGGAGAUUGAAGUUUUUUGAUGAUCAUCAAUCAAGAGGUAAAAUGACCUACAGUAUCCGUGAGCAACUGACACUGUUAAUGCUGCUUGCACAGCUAUGCAGAUUUGCAAAUAGUAAAUGUCAAGAAGCCAUCGACAGUGUGGUAAGCGUGCCAUCUUGUCCCAAGUCACAAGAAGAAUGGAAAAACGCUGCAAAAAUGAAGAAUUGUAUUAUAACUGCAUCUCAGCAAAAAUGUACAAAUACUACUGAAUUUGUUUAUCACUGUGUGAUAGACGGGUUCCAAAAGGAGACGUUAGAAGUGUGCGCACCAAGAAAAUUAAUCCAUGGAUUUUGCGCAGAAUUUAAUGUUGAUGGGGGAGUUAUUCAAACGCAGUAUGUGUCGCCAUGUAACAAUGCAACAUUUCCGAUAUGUAAUAGGCCGUAUCAAUCAACGGAAGCUUACCAUUACCAGGGCUGUUAUGAGCUUGUUUACCAUAAAAGGAGGAUGUAUUCAACAAUCACAUUAAUGAAUACAACAUCGACACCGUAUAUACCAGAAAACGAAUCCACAACGCACGCUAUUGUUGCAGUCAUCACGGUGUUGCUCGUAAUUGGUGCUGUAGCAGCCAUCGGACUCUUCAUAAGGAAAAUGAGGGAAAGACGACGCAAAACGGAAAGUUGUAAAAACACAACAUUAGAUAAAGAAGAACAUGCAACCUUAAUUGAGGGAACUGCUGGAGAGAGCACAGAACAAUUUAAACCUUUUAUUCAAAAGGAUAAUAAUGCAACAACAGUGGCGGACAAAUAUAAAAUCAGACACCCAAUGGGAAAGGAUAUUGAUGCAACAACAGGGGCAGACAAAUUUACUAUGGCCAUAAUUAAAACCGACGAAGAAUAUUUUGAAGAAAACAGAGAGAUAAGCAACAGAUACUUAAAAUGUUACAAAAAGAUAGACAAAUACUUUGUUGAGACAGAAAUUUACAAAAAGGCUGAGAAAAUGUUCCAAGCAGAUGGUAUAAUCAUUUUCACCGGGCCACCAGGUUGUGGAAAAACAAUGGCUGCCAUUCAUUUGCUAGAAAAAGAAAACUGUGAUAAUUGGACUUUUAGGAAAAUAUCUGCUUGGGAGGAGUUGUCAUUUAUAGAAAAUGACAAAAAGUCUUUAGUACUUAUUGAUAAUAUUUUUUUUCGACGACCAAUAGACUUGCAACUUGAAAGAUGGUGGGAGGAACUAGACAAAAUUUAUGAUAAUUUUUUUGCAAGUAGUGAAAAUGAAUUAGGAUCAAAAAACCUCCGGAUUGUUAUAACUGCAAGACCAAAUGUGAUAGACAGAGCAUGCGACUUUAUGGGAAAAGUAACUCCGAUUCUUAAUAAAGGCUUUAUUGUAGAUGCAAACAAGCUAACAAAAACAGAAAAAGGUAAAAUUUUGGCUAUGCAAGUCAUUUUUGCAAAAGUAGAAAAAGGGAUUCCAGAUCCUAAUAUCAAUGAGGAGUUUAAAGAUAAAGUAGUUAAUUCUGAAGGACCAAUCGGAUUUCCACUUUGCGCACAUCUAUACGUGUGUGGCGAAGAAUAUCAAAAAUCGGGUACGGAAUUUUUUACACGCCCUAUUGAAUAUCUGCUGAAUCAGAUUAAAGAUGAACUUAAAGGCGACCAAACUAACAAAACAAAAUCGCUAUUAUUUUGUUUAUUUUUUCAUGAGUGGCAUACAAAAAUGGGGAAUACAGAUUCAUUUGAUAUCGAAAAUGAAAAUGUUUGUGAACAGUGCUUACAGAAAGUUUCUCCAAACAUAAUAGCAAAUUUCGGCCCAUUUGAGUUUAGAAAGCUAGAAAGCGAGGCUCAAAGACUCUCGGGUGUCUUUUUUAAGGAAGUCGGUGAACAUGCUUAUAAGUUUGUUCACGAUAGCGUUUACGAAGCAGUAGCAGCAUAUUUGUGUCAAACUUAUGUAUCUGAAACUGCAAAAUAUUUCCCAAUUGACAUUAUCCAACACCAGUCUUAUGAAAAUGUAUCAGAAAGAGAAAUGUCAACACUUGCGACACGACUACUUUACGGAACACUAGAUCGACAAUUGUCUGAUGUAUUUUCGUGCAGAAUAUUCAGAAAUAGAAAAUUCGUGGACUGCUUUUGCGAAGAAUUACUGAAAAAAGACCGUGAAACUAUUUCUGAAAUGUUCACUGUUCCAAAUCACAGCUCUGCUGCGAUGCUUCCUUGUAUGUUUUGGACAAGCUGUAAUAAUCUCACUUAUUUAACAGAACGAUUGUACGACAUUGUCAAAAAACAAGACAUAAAUACCGAGUACCAGUUAUACGUGACACUAUAUGGCAAAUGUUGUGAAAGAAAUAAGGGCCUAUUGAAAACUAUUAAUGGGGUGCUUUGUGAUAACAGUGAAUUAAUCAAGAAUCAUGUUAUUGAAUUUGAAGAUUGUGAAAAUAAUUCGAUUUUACAUAUUUUAAUGGAAUCAAACUUUUCUGAUGAGUUUGUUGCUGAAUCUGUGAAAACAAUUUUUGGGGCUAAAAUGCGCAUCAAAUUAAAAAACAGUGAUAAUAUCACCCCUUUAAUGAUGGCUGUCGAACAAUGGUUGCCAAGGAUAGAAGUUAUCAAAAGUUUCAUGGACGUUUCCCCAAAACCAAAACUACACAAUCAGGAUAAAACUGGAUCAACUGUUUUUCAUCAUUGCGUAGGUUCGAACAAUGAUGAUAAAACAUGUUUAAGAUACCUGGAUGUUAUUCUUCGGGACGGUGAAUCUAACGAGUUUCUUAGCAAAAAUGAUUUAUAUGGCGAUACUGCUUUGAGUAUUGCUGCAAAGUGUAAAAUACAAAGCAGAAUACGAAGCAUUUGUAAACUUUUAGAAAACACUAGUGCUUUUACGAUAAUCAAUAUAGUAAAUGACGAAGGACAUUCGCCAUUACACCUUUCUGUUAAAUUUUUAAAAGACAUCAAAGUAAAUGUUGAACUCGAGUGCUGUGUUAGGGUUACAAUAUUUUUUUUGUAUGGCGCUCGUCCGGACAUAAAGUCAGAUGGAGAAAAGACAGCAGUCCAAGAAUGUCACUACGAACUCGUAAAAAACAUUAUACAAAACCCAGAAGACAAAAAAUAUAUGGAAGAUGCAUUAAAAGCAAUAUUGGAAAAAUUGCAAUGCAAGCAAUGCAAAGACAUGCCUGAACAGAAACUUAAUGAGUUGACGGAAUCAAUUCCUUCCGUCAAAAUCAGCGUUGGGAUACGCAGAUGUAUUUCCAGGGCUGUGUAUCAUUUUGAGCAUGAUUUAUUUUUGACCAGAUAAUAUUUCUUUUUGUAUAACAUUUGUGUUUUUCAAAGUGGUUUUUAUGACAAAUCUAUUCAUGAUAAUCCAAAAAUAUGCAUAAAUAUAUUUUGCUCUUUAAAUGUCUGUAAAAUAAAUGACAUAUACUCUAUUAUUUAAACUACAUCUUGUAUACAUCAAAUGUAUGAACUCGGAAUAUUCGGCUAAAUUCUUAACAUGCUUGGAGUUGACUGAUUUUGUUGUAAUUGUUUAUAGAUUGUAGUAUCAUAGAGAGGUUCGAAGCGUGAACCGACUUUUCCAAUGAUGAUUACAUGUAUAGUGCAUAAUUUUUGCAAUGUUAUGAUUGCAAAAUUUGCAAUUUUAACACAGAUUAUUAUACUUUUCACGAUUGAUUUGUUUUGAUUGAAAUUAUUUAAUGACAUAAGAAGACCUGCAUUUUUAUGCGAUUCAAUACAAAAAACACUCAGAAUUAAACCAUCACAUAUCCAACUUUAAUU